GGGGAACGAAUUUUGUGAUCACAGUCCAUAAUAUCUAAGCAGAAUUUCUAGAGAUCAUCGUUCCAGUGGCAUACAUCGCAGUCGAUCGCAUCAUAUCGCAUCACGCCACCAUCCGCUUCUCUGGAUUAUAUUUACCUAGGCAUCUAUAUUUAUUUGUAUAUAUGUAUAUAUGUAUAUACAUCGACCGUGGACUUUUCAUUCUGUAAUGUAGCCGAUGCCACCUUUGGCCCACAGAUCACCUCAUCAUGUCGCACAUUCGAUUUCACCCUUCUUUUCGAAGAGUCGUUCCUCUCAAUCGACCCCUCUACUAUCUUCCUGAUAUUCGCCUCGUUCCGUGUCUCGCGUAUCUUCUCGAAGCAACCAAUCGUUCGUAAAGGACGCCUCCAUGGAUUCAAGCUGGUGCCUCCCUACCCAUGCCCGCUGUACGGUCUCAUCACUAACUGUUAAUGUGAUAAAUUGCCAUCACGCUACUCGUGGCAGCAGAGGUCUCCCAACUGGUGCUGACCUCUUUCACGCCUUAUGUUAAGGUCCCAACCACCACGGCUAGCCAUGCGCUGGCCAUGGUGGUGACACUCCCAAUGCUACUUCUGUCCCACCUGGAGCAUUGCAAAGCAUUGAGUCCGUCAUCUAUUCUCUGUACCUAUUUAUUCUUCACCCUCCUUCUAGACAUUCCCCGCGCGAGGACGCUAGGGAUGUCAAAUCAGUGGAUGGCUGCAUCCGCGACCCUCCAAGCUACCAUGGUGAUUAAGGUCUCAAUCCUGCUUUUAGACCUACAGACCAAGGUGCGGUUAAUGGUGCGAAUGGAUUGGGACCUCUCGCCUGAGGAGACGAGUAAUGUGUUCAGUUGUCGGCUCUUCUGGUGGUUGAAUCAAUUGUUCCAGAAAGGGUAUAGCAAAUCGCUGGCGUUGCCAAAUUUAUAUGUCCUGGACGAAGAGUUGGCAUCUAAAACGGUGGGCUCAAAACUGGAAAAGGCGUGGAAUUCGCGCCGUGGGUUCUCCUUUGACUGUGUGAUUAUCCUCAGCUAAGUUCUGGUGUAGGGAAUCACACAUCCGAAUACAGUCUAGCCAUCUCCCUUUGCGAAGCUUUCGUAUGGGCUUUGAUGGCUCCAAUACUCCCCAGGUUGUGCCUGACCGGUUUCAUCUACUCUCAAACCUUUCUCGUGCAGGCGGUGACCAACUUCUUGCAGCAGAGUUCACAAGUUGCCCCGGAUUAUUGGGGGUAUGGCCUGAUCGCGACAUACUUCUUUGUCUAUAGCGGCAUUGCCGUAAGUUCAUCACUCUCUUCAUAUCUCCGGACGCUAAGUCGUGCGUAGCUUUCCAAUGGAUGGUAUUGGCAUAAACAAUAUCGAUUAAUUACCAUGGUUCGCGGGUCGCUUGUCUCCCUGAUAUACUCCAAAACACUCCGGAUGGGAGCGGGGUUGACAAGCGAUGCUGAAGCUACAACGCUCAUGAGUGCUGAUGUGGAACAAAUUGUCGUGGGUCUCCGAAGUCUUCAGGAGGUUUGGGGUGGGAUGUUGGAUUUAGGAGUGGGCUUAUGGUUGCUUUAUCGACAAGUCAGUUGGGCUAUGUUUAGUAUGGCGGGACUCACGCUAGGUAGAGGUUCCCUUGUUCGUCCUAGUUGAAGCGACUAACAUAGGCAUAGUUUGUACGUUGGGGGCCGCAAAGACUGCACAAUACGCUAGCACACGGCAAAAUCUCUGGAUGGAUCGUAUGUAGAAACGACUCUCAGAAACUAUCAAAGCAAUUGGCCCACUCAAGAGUAUUAAAAUGCUCGGCUUUGAGGACAGGAUUUGCUCGAUGGUCCAAGGUUUGCGACAACGCGAACUGAAGGCCAUGGUCCAUUUUCGCAUGGCAACUACUUGCAACAUUAGCUUAGGUAAGUAAAGACAAUACACAAGCAUUGAUAGCGCUAAUAUGAAAGUAGCCCAUGUCAGUGUCUUCCUAAACUCCGUUGUCGUGCUCGCCGCUUUUCUCCCCAUUGCAAAUCGAGAUGGUCUGCUCCAUGACACCAAUCGGAUUUUCAAUACUUUGACUCUGGUUUCGAUCAUGAGCGAGCCUCUGCAGAGCUUCCUGCAAGCUUUGCCCAAGUUGGCUAUGGCGGUUGGCUGUAUCUCCCGCAUCCAAGCCUAUUUACUAACCGCAGACCACCAUGACCCUCGGCAAUGCCUUGACAACAAACCUUCUAGUUCUGCUAUCGAUGCCAGCCUUCAACUCAAGGUGAAAGGGCCGGUGAACACGUUUGUCGUCCGGAAUGGCCACUUUGGCUGGGUGGAAGGCAAAUCAGCGGUCCUCAGAAAUGUGAAUGCCACCAUCCCAGCAGGAAAACUCACCUUGGUAGUAGGACCAGUUGGCAGUGGCAAAACUACCCUGCUGCACACCCUACUUGGAGAAACCGUGCGGAUCAGAGGAGAGGUAUUGCAUAGCAGACAGGCGAUUGCCUUUUGUGCCCAGCAACCUUGGUUGACGAACACUACCGCGCGAAAGGCGAUCAUUGGUCAUUCUCAAGAAGAUCCGGUCUGGUAUGACUGGGUAGUUAAAGCAUGUGCACUGCAUCGAGAUUUUGCAGGGAUGGGAAAGGGAGAUCAAACACUUAUCGGUAGCUCAGGGGCUGCCUUAAGUGGGGGGCAAAAAUAA